AAAUUGAAUAAUUUUUACAAAGAUUUGAAAUCUCACAAGUUUUAUUACCGUAGUAGAAUCUUGUCUGCGGCAAUGGACGCUUUUCUGGGCAAAUGGCAACUGGACAGGAGCCGGGACCAGGGGGUGGAGACCUACUUGCAGAUGGGAGCCUACCCAGCCGACAUGGUGGAGAAAUACAAGUCUCAUGGCGUGACUCUGGAGAUCUCUAGACAGGGCAACAAGUACUGCUACACCCACACCUGUGAAGGCUUGCCCGACACUGCCAACGUCUUCGAGCUGGGGAAGGAGACAUUUUUUGAGGUGCCCGGUGGCGAGAAAUUUAAGGGGACAAUCACCAUUGACGGCAACAAGAUCAGAGAGAACGCCACCUACACCCAGGGGCUAGUGAUGGAGGGGGUCAAGGAGAUAGUCAACAAUGAGUUGAAAUCAGUCACCACUUCUUCAGCCGGGGUUAUGACUCAAUUUUUUAAAAGAUGUUAGAUUAACUUAGAUAUCAACUCAAUUUUUUAAAAGAUGUUAGAUUAACUUAGAUAUCAACUCAAUUUUUUUUAAAGAUGUUAGAUUAACUUAGAUAUCAACUCAAUUUUUUAAAAGAUGUUAGAUUAACUUAGAUAUCAACUAACACGUAAAGUUAACUGUUAUUAUUUCUGUGUAUGCUAAGGUAAGUUUUUUACAACUUUGUAUUAGAGGAAUCAAUUUAUAAAUAUAAUGGAGCUUAAAUUAAACAUAUCAAAUAAAAAAAAAGGUUAUUAUGUUUUUGUUUAUCAGUGGUAGUAGAAAUAAAGACAGUAUUAUCAAA